UGGAGCCAACCAAGAAGAACAAGAGCAUUGCUAGCCUAGCUAGCGAACGCAAGAGUUAAAAACUAAGCAUCAAAAUGCUUCUUCAGAUGGUCAAACCGUUGCUGCUCCGUUGCAGGAGCCUCCCGCUGGCUUGUAAGAGAUCAUACUACGCCGACAAAGUUGCCCGACUCGGCUCUCAGCCUGAUAAACACUCCGCCGACUACCAGGAGAACUAUGAACGAAUGCAAGCUCUUGUUGAAGAAUUGAAAAGCCGCACAGAAAAGAUAAAAUUGGGUGGGGGAGAAAAAGCUAGAAAACUUCAUACUUCCCGUGGUAAACUCUUACCCAGAGAACGUAUUGACAGACUCCUGGACCCAGGGACUCCUUUUUUAGAAUUUUCCCAGUUUGCAGCAUAUGAGUUGUAUGGAAAGGAGGAGGUGCCAGCAGGUGGUAUGAUUACUGGGAUCGGACGGGUGUCAGGGGUUGAAUGUGUCAUUGUGGCCAAUGAUGCAACAGUCAAAGGGGGGACGUAUUACCCCAUCACGGUGAAGAAGCAUCUUCGUGCACAAGAAAUAGCCCAGCAGAACCACUUGCCUUGUAUUUACCUAGUGGACUCAGGGGGAGCCAAUCUUCCCAGACAGGCAGACGUCUUUCCUGACAGAGAACACUUUGGACGCAUUUUCUUCAACCAGGCCAGGCUGUCAUCCCAGGGAAUAGCACAGAUUGCUGUGGUGAUGGGCUCCUGCACGGCUGGAGGAGCGUAUGUUCCUGCCAUGGCAGAUGAAAGCAUUAUUGUCAGGAAGCAAGGAACUAUUUUUCUCGGAGGACCUCCAUUGGUCAAAGCUGCUACUGGAGAGCAAGUUUCUGCUGAGGACCUCGGAGGUGCUGAUCUUCACUGCAGAAAGUCCGGUGUGACCGACCAUUACGCUUUGGACGAUAACCACGCUCUUCAUUUGGCGCGGAAGGCCAUACGAGGCCUCAACUACAAGAAAAAUCUUGAGGUUACUACAGAACCAACCGAAGCCCCUCUUUACCCUGCAGAUGAGCUCUACGGCAUCGUUGGAGACAAUCUCAAGCGGAACUUUGACGUCAGAGAGGUUAUUGCCAGAAUUGUGGAUGGAAGUAAAUUUGAUGAGUUCAAGGCAUUCUAUGGAGACACACUUGUGACAGGAUUCUCCAGAAUUUUUGGUUACCCUGUUGGAAUAAUUGGCAACAACGGAGUUUUGUUUUCAGAGUCUGCGAAAAAGGGGACUCAUUUCAUUGAGUUAUGUUGCCAGAGAAACAUUCCUCUUCUAUUCCUACAAAACAUAACAGGUUUCAUGGUGGGCAGAGAGUAUGAAGCAGGAGGAAUCGCCAAGGAUGGCGCAAAGAUGGUAACUGCCGUUGCCUGUGCCAAUGUACCCAAGAUCACUGUCAUUAUCGGCGGCUCGUAUGGUGCAGGAAAUUACGGCAUGUGCGGCAGAGCCUACAGCCCGAGAUUCCUCUACAUGUGGCCCAAUUCCAGGAUAUCCGUCAUGGGUGGAGAACAGGCUGCCACCGUCCUGGCCACCAUCACCAAGGAUCAACGAGCCAGAGAGGGAAAGGAGUUCACUGCAGAGCAGGAAGCCGCCAUGAAGGAACCCAUUGUGCGGCGUUUUGAAGAAGAAGGAAAUCCCUACUUCUCCAGUGCUAGACUGUGGGAUGAUGGAAUUAUAGAUCCUGCUGACACUCGUCUGGUGUUGGGACUGAGUCUGAGUGCAGCACUGAACGCACCAACGAAGAAAACACGUUUUGGAGUGUUCCGAAUGUGAUGUACUGAUUGAACCAAUCAGUGUGGACAUAUAUAGUACUUAAAGUAGGCUGACACAUAAACAAAAGAGGGCAAUCACAGUAGCAGAAUCGUUUUUGAUGAUCUAAUGAUGUAUUGGUUUUUAUGGGGCCAGUGUUAAUUUGUGCCUUAACUGUUACAAUAUGUAAAUGCAUCUGCUCUAAAUAUAAAACUAAAUAUUCUGAGUCGGUCAAACAAAA